AUGCCUAAUAAUAAUGAAGCAGUAGUAACUUCUAGUACCUUAACAUCUAAUAAUAAUGAAGUAAUAGUAACUUCUAAACAAACAGUAGAAGAAAUAACAUUAGUAAUAAUAAGCAUUUUAAAAAAUUACUCUAUUGAAAAUAAAAUAUUGGCACUUACUAUGGAUAACACUGCUACUAAUAAAGCAAUGAGCUUUAAAGAACUAUUAAUGUCCACUUGCUUAGAUGAUGAAAGCUUGACAGUUCUCAAGUCCUUUUGUCAGCUCCUUAAACUAUUUAAAAUUGCCACAUCAGUUCUUUUGAAAAACCAGUCAAAUUCAAUUUUCAAUGCAUUAAUAGUUAUAUUAGAAAUUGGAUAG